AUGGAUUUAAACAAAACUAUAAAGAAAUAUUUUGAUAUGGGACUCAAUUAUUCAGAAAUCAUAGAAUUUUUACAUAAAAAUGACAAUAUUUCUAUGAGCUUACGCACCUUGAAGAGAAUAUUAAAAAGCUUAUCACUUGCUCGGCGAAAAAAUUUUUCAUCUAUUGCCACUGUUGCUGAUUUUUUGUCAUCACAAGUCCAAGGUUCAUCUCAACUCCAUGGCUACAAAUGGAUGCAUUUAAAGUGCAUUCAGAAUGGUUUUACUGUUAAGCAAGAAACGGUUAGAUAUUUAUUGAAUGACUUAGAUCCUGAAGGUGUAGCUAUUCGAAAAAGAAAAAGAUUAAGAAGGCGGCAAUAUCAUAAUAAAGGUCCUAAUUACCUAUGGCACACUGAUUGUUAUGAUAAAUUAAAACCCUAUGGAAUUCCUAUUAGUGGAUGCAUUGAUGGAUUUUCUCGUUAUAUUUUAUGGCUAGAAGCGGCACCAACUUGUAAUGACCCUAGAGUUAUUGGUGGAUUUUUUUUGAAUGCUGUUAGUACUCUUAAAGGUUGUCCUACUUCAUUGAGAACUGAUGCGGGUACAGAAAACCGACAUAUUGAACAAAUACAGACAUUUUUCCAUAGGAAUAAUCAUUCAAAUAAUCGACCAUUUUUAUAUGGAACUAGCCCAGCUAACCAAAGAAUUGAAGCUUGGUGGGGUCACCUUCGAAAACACUGCAGUCAAUUUUGGAUGAAUACAUUUCAGUUACUUAAAGAUGAUGGAUAUUUCAGCGGAUCAUUUGUUGAUAAAAAUCUCAUUAGAUUUUGUUUUAUUGAUUUAAUUCGAAGUGAACUGAAUAACAUAAAGGAAGAAUGGAACAGUCAUAAAAUUCGAAGCACUAAGAAUGCAAUUGCACCAUCUGGUCGUCCAACUAGCAUGUUUAAUUUACCUCAUUUGUGGAACUCUGAAUCAUAUCUGUUUGAUGUACAGGACGAAGACAUAUCAGUGUGUAAAGACGAAUGCGUAUUUGUUUCUCAAUUAAUAUGUGAUGAAACCAUUUUUCAGUUAUGUCAUAUUUUAAUUGAAGAAAAUAAUUUAGUUGUAACAAAUGCUCAUGAUGCCUAUGAUGCUGUAAAUUUAUAUAUUGAGUUAAAAAUAUUAUUUGAUAAACUGCUUGAAAAUACAAUUUAA